GGGGCUGUCUAUGUCUGUCGGUUUCGGGCGCUAGUCGCCAUUUAGCGCGGAGAAUUAGCCGGGCCGGGCGCAGCGGUUCCUCCCCUCUACCCUCGCGAGGGAGACACCCGGGUUCCCCGGGCCGGGGCCUUGUGCAGGAGGAGGCGGCGGCUGCGGCAGCUUCGCGGGCGGCCCCGGUGAGAGACCCGCGAGGGGGGUUUCCGGCUCGCUGUGAGGCGCCGGCAGGCAGCGAGGGGGCCGGCCCCGCGGCGAGCGGUUACUUCCUACCGGGAGGAGGCCGAGGUCGCCAUGGGCGCCGUGUGAGGCGAGAGCUCCCCCGAGUGACCGGGCCGCGCUUCUCCCCCCAGGCGGGGCGUGCCGGGCCUGCCCUCCCCUCUCGCGGCAGGGGUGUGCGGGGCCUGCGCCCCCGGCGCAGUCGCUUCCCGGCCUGGGCCUGCCCCGCUUCCUAGCCCGGGGGGGCCGGUCGCUUUUCCUCUCCGAGAGCAGCUGGGCUGUCCCGCUCCGGGCGGCCAGCGGCUGCUCCCGGCCCAGCACCUGCCUCGGGCUCCUCUCGACUUCUCCCCCCUAGUCCCGUGUCCUGGCCCCGCUGCUGUCGCUCCAUGUCGGCCCCGCUGCACGGCUCCCCGCGGCAGGAUGGAUGUGGACGCUAAGCAGGGACCCACCCCGCCGCUGGCUCAGCCGCCGCCGCCAAGCCCCGCUGUGAGGAGCCCUUGGGACCCUCCUCUGUUGCAGCCGCAGCCGGACGCGCUCCCUGCUCAGUGACACCUCCCACCCCGCAUCCUCUCAGCAGCGCUACCCCGAGCCCCGCAGCACCAUGUCGGAGGGCGCCGUAGGGAGCAGCAGCCUGGCCCCCCGCUUCCUGGCUCCCCCGCCGCCUCCGCCCAAGAACGGCUCUAGCUCGGACAGCUCCGUGGGGGAGAAGCUAGGAGCCGUCGCUGACCAUGAUGGCUCGGGGGCCGGAGGAGCAGGCGGCGAGGUGGGAGGCGGGGGCCGGAGCGAGGAAUACCGGCGCCGCCGCCACACCAUGGACAAGGACAGUCGUGGGGCUGCAGCCACCGAGCACCGCUUCUUCCGCCGUAGCGUGAUCUGCGACUCCAAUGCUACAGCUCUGGAGCUGCCUAGCUUGCAGCCCGCAGCACCCCCGGCCGUCGCCACUCCCGGGAGUAUCACCCCGCUGCUGGGCUCCCCUCCUGAGCCUGCUAGCCAGACCUCCUGCAUCUCUGUCACCCACGUCCCCCUGCUACUGUUGCAGCAGCCGUCUCUGUCGCUUCCCCCCGAGGAACAACCCAUUCAGGAGCCCGCUGCAGCAGAGGACACCGCCCCGCUACUGCCCAAAGGAGAGGCAGAGGAAGCCACCCCCCUACUCCCUAUUAGCACGGUAGGCAGCGCGGCCACCGCCAGCCGGGAGCUCCAGGAGGGGCGGAACCGACAACAAGAGGAUAUCGAGGAGCUGGAGACCAAGGCGGUGGGCUUCUCUCUUGACGGCCGCUUCCUCAAAUUCGAUAUUGAGAUUGGAAGAGGCUCCUUCAAAACAGUCUACAAGGGGUUGGACACCGAGACUACGGUGGAAGUUGCCUGGUGUGAACUACAGGAUCGGAAGCUGUCAAAGUCAGAGCGACAGAGAUUUAAAGAGGAAGCUGAAAUGCUGAAAGGGCUCCAGCAUCCUAAUAUUGUUCGGUUCUAUGAUUCCUGGGAGUCUACAGUGAAGGGAAAGAAAUGUAUUGUUCUUGUGACGGAACUUAUGACAUCUGGAACGUUGAAAACGUAUUUGAAAAGGUUUAAAGUGAUGAAAAUCAAAGUACUAAGAAGUUGGUGCCGUCAGAUAUUGAAGGGCUUGCAGUUUCUGCACACACGCACUCCUCCCAUUAUCCACCGGGACCUAAAAUGUGACAACAUUUUCAUCACUGGCCCCACUGGAUCAGUCAAGAUAGGAGACCUGGGUCUGGCAACCCUGAAACGAGCUUCCUUUGCCAAGAGUGUGAUAGGUACCCCAGAGUUCAUGGCACCCGAGAUGUAUGAGGAGAAAUACGAUGAAUCCGUUGAUGUAUAUGCUUUUGGGAUGUGUAUGCUUGAGAUGGCCACGUCUGAAUAUCCUUAUUCUGAGUGCCAAAAUGCUGCGCAGAUCUACCGUCGAGUAACCAGCGGAGUCAAGCCAGCUAGCUUUGAUAAAGUAGCAAUUCCUGAAGUGAAGGAGAUCAUUGAGGGAUGCAUCCGACAAAACAAAGAUGAAAGAUAUGCUAUCAAGGACCUUUUGAACCAUGCUUUCUUCCAAGAAGAGACUGGUGUGCGGGUAGAACUAGCAGAGGAAGAUGAUGGAGAGAAGAUUGCCAUCAAGCUCUGGUUACGAAUUGAGGAUAUCAAAAAGCUUAAGGGCAAAUACAAGGACAAUGAGGCAAUAGAGUUUUCCUUUGACUUGGAGAGAGAUGUCCCAGAGGAUGUAGCACAAGAAAUGGUGGAGUCAGGGUAUGUCUGUGAAGGGGAUCACAAGACAAUGGCCAAAGCAAUCAAGGACAGAGUGUCUCUGAUCAAGCGAAAGCGAGAGCAGCGUCAGUUGGUGCGAGAAGAGCAGGAAAAAAGAAAGCAGGAAGAAAUCAGUCAGAAGCAGCAGUUGGAGCAGCAGCUACAAACAAAUGCUACCCAGGCAGGGGCAAAGCACCCUCCAUCUGCCACUGGCAUCACUGCCAUCCCCACUACUUCAGCAUCAGUGUCCACACAAGUAGAGCCUGAAGAGCCAGAGGCUGAUCAGCACCAACAGCUGCAAUAUCAACAGCCCGGCAUAUCUGUUCUGUCUGAUGGGGCUGUUGACAGCGGGCAGGGAUCAUCUGUUCAUACUGAAUCAUGUGUGAGUAGCCAGCAAACUGUGUCCUAUGGUUCCCAGCAUGAACAGACUAUUUCAACAGCUACAAUCCAGGGGUACACAGCUUCAGUUGGCCAAGCGCAGUCUCAACAACAUGGAGGAUAUCAGCUACCCACAGUGACACAGGUGCAAGGCCAGUCAGCCUCAAGUAGUAUAUCGGUGGGAGUACCAUCCCAGCCUACACAGACAAGUCAGCAGAGUGCACAGCAGCUGGCUCCUUCCCAGCAGACAGGACAGUACCAGCUGCAGCAGUCAUCAGUUUCCAGUGGAUCUACCCCAUCACAACCAGUUUCUCAGACUCCAUUGAUUAUGCCGAUGCCUCAGCUUCCUGUUUCCCAAGCAGUGCCGAUCAUCCAAGGCGAACCUCAGUUACCUGUUGCAGCACCUUCUCUCCCUCAACCAUCAGUUGCCCCAACCAUCCCCAUUGGCUCUCAUUUUCUCCCUAUGGGACAGUCCUUGUCAACCUCCCUGCUCCCCCAAUUCUCAGUCUCUCAGCUCCCCAUAGCGGCACCUCAUGCGUCAGUGGCUCAGCCAGGCUUCCAGUCUCUGCCUGUCUCUAUGGCAGCUGGCAUUAACCAGCCAUUACUCACUCUGGCCACAUCUGCUGCAGCAGCUGCUAUCCCUGUAGGAUCAACCAUUGUCCCUAGCCAGCUUCCAGCUGUUCUACAGUCUGCGGCCCAGCUGCCCAGCCAGGUUCUCCCACAGCUCCUGCAGCCAGCUGUUCAGUCCAUGGGAUUACCAGCCAGCCUUGGACAAGCUGCUGAAACUGCACUUCCGGCUGGAGAUGCUUUGUAUCAGGGCUUCCCACCUCGGCUGCCGCCGCAAUACCCAGGAGACUCAAAUGUUGCUCCCUCCUCUGCUGUGGCCCCUGUUUGCAUACCUUCUGCAGUACUGUCCCCUCCCUUACCCACUGAUGCAUUGGCUCAGCCAGGCUAUCUUGCUGCAAUGGUGCAGCCUUAUGUGGAACAGAACAUUUUAGUUCCUCUGGGCGGUCUAGGAGGACAGGUUCAAGUGCCACAGCCUGCAGUGAGUUUAGCACAGCAGGUCUCAUCUGCAUCUUCACAGCAGGGAGCUUUAGAGCAGAAUGUCAUGCCAAUGUGGGGACCUUGUUGCCAUUGGCUGUUCUGUUGGGAAGGUACUCAGGGGGCCUCACAGGCUGCUCCUUCAGAAACUGUACCACCAGCACAGCAACAUCCUGCACUGACUACCCCAUUGGUCUCCUCACUAGACAGUGCACAUUCUGAUGUUGCUUCAGGGAUGAGUGAUGGGAAUGAGAAUGUGCCAGGAUCUAGUGGGAGACAUGAAGGGAGGACCACCAAACGCCAUUAUCGGAAGUCUGUACGCAGCCGCUCUCGGCACGAGAAGACUGCUAGACCAAAACUGAGAAUUCUUAAUGUUUCGAACAAGGGUGAUCGUGUGGUUGAAUGCCAACUAGAGACACACAAUCGGAAAAUGGUUACUUUCAAAUUUGACUUGGACGGUGACAACCCGGAGGAAAUAGCAUCAAUUAUGGUGCAGAAUGAAUUUAUUCUAGCAACUGAGAGAGAUUCAUUUGUAGAGCAGGUACGAGAGAUCAUUGAGAAAGCAGAUGAAAUGCUCAGUGAAGAUGUCAGUGUGGAGCCAGAAGGCGAUCAGGGCUUGGAGAGUAUGCAGACGAAAGAUGACUGCUUCUUUCCAGGGUCCCAGAAAUUGGAGGGAGAGUUCAAACAGCCAGAUCCUGUAUCUUUCAUACCGCAGAGAACGGGUGUUCCUCCCAGCUCUUUCACCCAGGUUGUCCAUUCUGCUGGAAGACGAUUUAUUGUCAGUCCUGUCCCAGAGAGUCGGUUAAGAGAACAGCAGUUUUUCACCUCUUCUAUUCCUGCAGGAAAGGAACUUCUAGAUAUUGUUACUUCCUCUCCAUCACAUGGUCCUGGGAUGAACCUCUCUCAUUCUGCAUCAUCACUCAGUCUGCAGCAAGCUUUCUCCGAGAUCAGGCAUGCUCAAAUGACAGAAGGACCCAGUACAGCUCCUCCAGUUUUUAACCAAACUAUGCCACCAUUUCCACCUGUACUUUCUAACAUAGUUGGAAGUCUACCAUCUACAUCAGUGGCUCCUCUCCCAGCAUCUCCUCCCUCCACCACUGGUAUUUCUCUUCCAGUAGCUCAAUCUGUUGUUCCCCUGCCUACAGAAAAGGUGCCAGCUGGAGUUACACCAAGCACAGGUGUUUCAGGCUCCAACUCUCCCACAUCAUCACAGUCUGGGCACCAAUUAAUUGGUGGAGUGACUUCCAGUGUGAGUGCACCUGCUUCUUUUUCAUUAACUGUUACAUCACAGUCUGCUCAACCACUGACUGAAGAAGCUGUCCCUAAUAUCAGCACACCUGCUUCUUUAAUGUUGCCACCAACACAACAGAUUCCUGUCAUGGCUGGCCCCAGUGUUAGUGCACCAAGUGCUGUACCCCCACCUGUGACCUCUCCUUCUGCUCAACAGAUUUCAAGUAGUAUGGAGUCUGUGGCAGCUCCGCAAACAUCUGUAGCCCCAACUAUGGCUCAUAAUGUGACUUCACAAAUGCCUCAGCUCAGCAGUAGUAGCUCCACCCCCAGUCUGGCAGAAACAGUUGUAAGUGUGCUACACUUGAAGCCUGAGGAUGGGCAGUCAGUAGAUAAAGCGCAGCUGUGCAGUGCAGCUGGCUUGUCCCUUCCUAUCUCUGUACCAUUGUCCUCUACAGUGGCAUCAAGUAUAUCUGGUUCAGUCCCUCAGCCUGCUGUGGUGCAUCCUUUACUCAUUCCGUCAGCAGUUGCGUCAACACCUGUCCUACCCCAGGCAGCAGCUGCAAUCUCUACCCCCAUAGUACCCCAGGUUCCUUUAUCUGGCACCCUACCACUGACGCAGCCAGUUGCUAACUUGCCUGCAGUACAGCAGACCUUGAUACACAGUCAACCUCAACCUGCUCCGCUACCCAAUCAACCUCAUACUCACUGUCUGGAGGCUGAUGUUGACACUCAGCCCAAAGCUCCUGGCAUCGAUGACAUAAAGACCUUGGAAGAAAAGCUACGAUCUCUAUUCAGUGAACAUGGCAAUGUUGGAGCAACGCAUCCACCUGUAUCUCUGGAGACAUCACUGGUAAUGGAGACUACAGUCAUGCCUGGCGUACCAACCACUGCUGUUGCACCAACUAAACCUAUGACAGCCACGACCAGCUCUUGUAUACCACCAGUUAGUUUGCCCCUUGGACCAGCUGGCUUACCAGUGAUGACACCAGUUGCCACACCUGGUCAAGUGGGCAUUCCUGUCACCUAUGUUCCAGCAUCAGUCAGCAUUGCAACAACAGCAGUGAAACCAGGGACUCCUCCCUCAAAGCCACCUCUUAGCAGGGUACCGGUGCUACCGGUAGGUUUUGAACUUCCAGCUGGCACUCCAUCCAGCGAACAGCUGCCACCCUUUCCAGGACCUUCACUAACUCAGUCCCAGCAGCCUCUAGAAGAUCUGGAUGCUCAGUUGAGAAGAACCCUCAGUCCAGAGACUGUCCCAGUGACAUCUGCUCCUGCCUGUCCUGUGCCAGCAGUGGCUUCUACAAUGGUUACUGGAGUGGUGUCUGCACCGGCACAGCCCCUGAGAGAAGCAUCACAGGAUGCAGAGAGCAGUGAAACAACUACCACUGCAGGAGCUGGAGUUUUGAAGAUGGGACGAUUUCAGGUGUCUGUGGCAGUGGAUAAUGGACUGAGAGAGGGUGAUGGUAAACCUGAAGAAACUAAGCCUGUGCAUUUUGAGACAACCUCCUCUGAUUUAUCUUUGUCUGGCAGCAGUCCAGAGAGUACGCUUGUGAAGCAGACUUCCAGUGGGACAACAGAAGCUACCACUGGUACCUCCUUAGAUGUGACAGAUGGUGUUGUUUCACAGACAUUUCCUGCCAUACAAUUGCCAUCAGAGGCUGGGCAGCCAACUAAGGUUGGGCGCUUUCAAGUGACAACAACAACGGACCAAGUGGGUCGCUUUUCUGUGUCCAGGACACAAGAUGAGGUCACUUGUGUGGAGAAAGAACCCCCAAUGACUCUUCCUCUUUCUGUGGAUUCAGAACAAGUUUUUCCUCCAUCCAUGUCUCCAGAGAAAGAAGUGCCAGAAUUGGUGGAGUCCAGGGAGUCUCCACUUAUGAAUGGGCCAUCAUCUGAUCUGGAGGCCGCCUUCCUGAGUGGAGUGGCAAAGGAACUGGAUGAUGGCUCAGGUAGCCCAGACUCUCGUCAACCACUGGGUUCAAAAAUCAGCCUCCCCAUCCAAAGCUUUAGCAACUCAUUGAAUUCUUCCUACAUGAGCAGCGACGAGUCAGAUAUUGAAGAUGAAGACUUGAAAUCAGAGCUACGCCGGUUGCGGGAAAAGCACUAUAAAGAGAUCCAGGAGCUGCAGAGUCGUCAGAAGCAAGAGAUUGAAUUGCUGUACACCAAACUGGGAAAGGUUCCCCCUGCAGUAAUCAUCCCCCCAGCUGCUCCUCUCUCAGGGAGGAGGAGGAGACCUACUAAAGGAAAAGGCAGCAAAUCCAGUCGCAGCAGCUCCCAGGGUAAUAAGAGCCCUCAGCUGCUAGGUAACCUGUCUUCUCAGAGUGCCCCUUCAGUCUUGCCCCCCCAGCAGACCCUUCAUCCUCCUGGAAACGUCCCAGAGACUGGACAAAACCAUCUGUUACAGCCCCUUAAACCAUCUCCUUCUAGUGAGAAUCUCUACUCUGCCUUUACCAGUGAUGGUGCUAUUUCGGUACCAAGCCUUUCUGCACCAGGCCAAGGCUGUGCGAAGUUUAACUGUGCAUCUGAGCAGGUGACGUUCAAGCCUGGUGGCAGGAGGACCCGAUUUCUGAGUACGCCCUGCUUGGCUCUUUGGAAGAUGGUGAAAAAAGUCUGUCCUUGCAACCAGCUCUGUAACAAGAAACUGGGACGUUUGCUGUGGCUGAGCAGGACUGGAGAAGGGACCAGCAGCACUACCACAGUUGGGGGUACAGUGAACAGCCAGGCACCCCAAUCUCAGCCUCCUGCCAUAACUUCCAGCCGGAAGGGGACUUUCACAGAUGACCUGCACAAGUUGGUAGACAACUGGGCCCGUGAUGCUAUGAACCUCUCAGGAAGGAGAGGUGGCAAGGGGCAUAGCAACUAUGAGGGCCCUGGAAUGGCAAGAAAGUUCUCAGCACCAGGCCAGCUAUGUAUUUCUAUGUCGUCCUCCCUGGGUGCUACACCUAUCUCUGCAGCAUCAGCUACCUCUCUAGGUCACUUCACAAAGGCUAUGUGCCCUCCACAGCAGUAUGGUUACCCAACAGCGCCCUUUGCAGCUCCCUGGAGUGGGACAGGUAGUCCAGCACAACAACCCCUUGGUCAAUUCCAGCCUGUAGGAGCUGCCUCUUUGCAAAGCUUCAACAUCAGCAACUUGCAGAAAUCCAUCAGCAACCCCCCAGGCUCCAACCUGCGGACCACUUAGCCAGACCCAGACUCUGCUGUGUAGAACUUGGGACAGGAGAUGGGGAGGGAAUUAGGGCCCUGUAUCAACUACUAGUGCUGCACUGAACUGGCUAUUUCUGCCAGAAUGGGAAUGAGCUUCCCUUUUCCAACCAUUGCUGUCAGCUCUCGGUAAGGAGAGUUUCCCCAUUUCUGAAGGGGGAGGAGGGUGAUGGGCAUGAACACUCCUGCUCUUGUAUAAGAUGAGCAAUGAAGAUAGAAGUCACUGGAUCAAUGUGCUCUAACUGUAAAAGUACUUCGGUUUGAGUCUGAAUCCACAUGUGCUGAGAUGGGAGAGUUUAGUCUUAGCAUGAGGUUUUAACACACUUCUCAUCUUCUCUGAAGAAUCAAGGUCAGGAGAGAAGCUAUCCAAAUCUCCCUCUUCUCCCCAAACAAUCAUCCUUACCUCCUGAGUGGUAAGGCACAUAAAUGGACUUGCAGUGCAGCCCAUGCUUGAGAGAUAGGUCAUUACUGCUUUAAGUAAAAGAUAUUAACAGCUUUGACUGCAGCAUUAGAGCAAUUUAAAUUGUUUAAAAAUAAAUUUUAAAAAGUUCCCUGCGGACAUGUACUUACCAUCAGUUUUGAUGUGGAAACACUGUGAUAUAUAAAUGUUGUUGGACAACAGUAGUUUAAAAAUGAGUGGAAAAUAGAGGGUUAAAAAAAGUUAAAAAGAAAAAAUGGAAAAAAAGCUAGCUAUAUCCUAUACUUAUUGGAGACACUUUAACUUUUUCCUUUGUAUUUUCAUUGUAUUAGAUAAAUGUGAAUGUAAAAUUGUAUAAAUUAAUGUACUUGAAUACUUGUCUGUUCUCCCAGUAUGCUUGCUGGAUAUUUUAGUGCCUUGGACUUUUAUUGCUUCUGCAGUUAGCAUCACUUCCUCAGCAGGUCCCAGCUGGUCAGAGCAAGUUAAGGGAAGAAUGGACUAUUCUGUACCUAGUGACUGAGAUACCAAAGGGUUAACUAUAUAUAAAAUCAGUUACAGUAUGACUAUAUAUAUUAUGUUAAAUUGUGUAUAUAUAUAGUCACACUGUAACUUGGAUAGGAUAGGUGUUGGAAGGAGGGAGAGCCAUUGAGGCUGAGGUUGGAACAGAGCUUUGGGUGGUGGGGAAACCUGUCCAUGUUGACAGAGUAAGCAGUUGAUGGCACAAUGCUAGUGUAACAAGGGGUGAUAGGCAGAAGUGAUGGAGGGGGAAGAGGAAGCUCAAGUGAAACUAACAGAUACUUCCUAGAGCCUUAAGAAGGCUGGAUCAGAACAGAGGAUGGGAAGAAAGUGCAUAUUUUGGAAAAGUUCAACUUUAAUGGUGUUUUGACUAUUAAGCUGUGACAUGGAAAGUGGCUAGGUGAGGGUGUGUAUGGAGGUGGAGCGAUUACCCUUAGGGGGAUGGAGUUAUCUGCUGGGAUUGCUUUUCUUACCCUUUUUUUAUCCAUUCGUGCUAGGAGUAGACUUUCCUGGUGCGAUGUCCAUUGCCGGCAAUGGAUGCACUCGAAACAGCCGGCAUCAAGGAAUUCCCUGUUUUAAGCAUGCAGAGGACUUACGAUUUUGUUCACUCUAAAGAAUUUAAACUGGUACCAGGACCAUAACUAACUGUGCCAUCUUUUAGUAGCUGUAUUGUACCUUCUACUUCUCAACUCAUUUUCCCUUUUUCAUACUGAAAAAUACUGGUUCCCUGUUCAAUGUAAUAAUACUGCAAUCAACCAGUAUUACUCUGUAGUGCUGCAACAAGCUGUGAAGGGUCAAAGUACUGCUUCCUGGUACUUGGGAGUAGCUCAGUGGUGUCCUGGAAGUGUCUGCACCAAGGAAAUCUUACUCACAUGAAUUUUCUGUGAGCACUGCUCCCUUGUUGGGGGGUCUUACUAGGGAAUUUAUACUUUCUGUGGAUGUUUUGCUCCUGUCUCUAAAAACAAAUGCACAAGAUGUGUUUCUUUCCCUUCACCUGGUUUUGAUGUUUACAGCAGCUUUGUCAGCCAGGUUACCACUGGCAUAUAUAGGGUGGAAAUGAAGAGUCUGAGGUUGGAGACUAGUGGCAAGGUGGCUGGGUUCUAACAGUUUCUCAGUAGAUUUUUUUUUUUAAAAAAAUUCUUGGCAAAUAACACAGGCGCUAUAGAACCACAGAAUGAGAGAAAAGAUCUCACCGUUGUGUAUGUGUGGUUGGAAGAGAAUGUCUGCUGGUAAAAUGAAUCAGAAAGCCUCUGCUUUCUGGUUAAAAUGACUGGAGAGGAGGCUCCUGAAUACACCAAGUAUGGGUAGGGAAAACAAUGCUCUGUGUAAUGGAGUAAUUGUACGGCUGAAGCAGUAACAGGAGUCGGGCAACACUUCGUGGCAGAAGAACUGAUCGGCUGAAUGCAGCACAUCGUUAUUUAAUUAUUUUGAUUUAAUAGUUUGAGGUCGGUUUUUCACUUAAUGUUAUGCAAGAAGUGGUUUUAUUUACCAUUGAUUUCCCUCCUGUGGAUGAAAUAACUGAAGUCUAGAGGAAUAAACUAAUGCUACUGAACUGUUAAAUUAUUUUGUGUUAAUAUUACACUUUGAGUACCUUUUUUCCACAAAUCUGUUUCUGAAUUACAAAUGUUUUCUUUACAUUAUUUAACAAUGUACACUGUAAAAAACAAAAAUACACACAAAUAAAAUGAAUUCAAACGUUAGGCUUCUGUGGCCGUAGUUAAUUGUAUGUUUUGCACUAAAUCCAGGCAUUGCGCUUCUUGUACGAUUGCGCUUUGUGCUGCAGUUUGUUACCUUUGUAGAAUAUUUAAUGAAAUCAUUCAAAUAAACCAAACCUGCUUUUGUUGAA